GGCCGACAACACCGCUUCUUCUUCUUAAACAUCCAAUUUUGUACUUUUGUAUCCAGACCUUGACCAUCAAGUAAAUUGACCAAAUGAUCAUUACAAAUAAGCAAACGAUAUAUCAAUAAACAGCCAAGAUCCAGUUUCUUUCCCUUAACCAAGCGGGGUUGAAAUUUAUGCGGCCGCAACAAGCAAAGUACCUACCUAGUAGCUUUCUUUAGAGCCGCCUGAGCGAUUUGACCGACCGAAGAUGGAUCAUCCGAAUGGACCGAUUCAAGGACCGAUUCAUGGGCCUAUGGGGCCGAAUGGACCACAUGAACCUCAUGGACCGAAUGGCAUGAGUUUCGCAUCUCCAGAGCCUGUGCAGCCGAAAGCACCGCAGGCAUGCGUAACAUGUAAGAAACAAAAAAGAAAGUGUGAUAAAGUGCUCCCACAUUGUGGCCUUUGCUCUCGAAUGCAACGACACUGUGACUAUACUGAACAAACUCCUGCUCCUACAGCUGAGGAUAUCAAUGCUUUACGCAUGAAGUUAGUCGAACUUGAAGCUAAAGUUAAUGGUGGAAAUAUGCAUGCGCCCUAUGGUCCUAUGCCUAACAAUGGAUCUGAAUAUAUGCAAUCUCAGAUGCCUGCAUAUGCAGAUCCACAAGAAAGCCCAUUUAACAGUAUACACAAUAAAUUUCCUGUUAUGGCUGUUCUCGAUAAUGAAAUCUUCAGGAAUGAAGGUUUAACUAUCCCCAGGCCUUCGGUCAAUCCACCAACAGAAGUCAACCAAAUGUUGGCAAGUGGAGCAGCUAUACCUGCUGUCAUCUUAGAAUACUUUGGAACUAUUCACCACUGUCUUCCGAUAAUCUCUCAUAAGAGAUUAGAACGAACUCUAAAUACUCCUGCCCGGGACAGUAAUGCAGACUUGGUUUUGCUAUUUCUUUGUAUGAAGCUCAUCACAUCCAAACCAGUAGAUGGCCAGGGAUGUGGCCAAAAUCCAAUGUACAUUGCUGCAAAGCGUUUUCUUGCAUUGCUAGAAGCUUCUGGAAUGGUAUCGUUGAUAUUGUUACAAGCUAGCAUUCUUAUCACUCUUUAUGAGUAUGGACAAGCAAUAUAUCCUGCAGCUUGGAUGUCUGCUGGUUGGUGUUCUCGCUACGCUGUUUUGUUAGGCAUCAACGAUUUUGAUACCUCUCCUUCAUUGGUUGGCCCUGUUGAUACUUGGACCGAGCAAGAAGAGCGAUAUCGAACAUGGUGGGGUGUUCUUAUACUUGACAGAAUGGUCUCCAUUGGGAGUAAAAAUCACCGAUUAACCACCCAAGAACCGAAGGAAGACGACCCUUUACCUGUGGAUGAUGUUGCAUGGGACAGCGGCGAUAUGACUCAAACCGUCCAGAAGCAUGUGUCUACUUUGCUCACCGAGUCUGUAACACCAUUUGCUCGACUCUGUCAAGGAUCUGUGCUUUUGGGAAAUGUUCUUCGCCACCAUUAUACUGAGCAAAUUCCAUCGGAGACAGCCCGUUUUGAUAUCGCAUAUCAACUCCUCGAAAAUUGUUCUGUUCUCGCUCGCGAAGUUAAUGGAGAGGCGAUGAUUUCUAGAGAUUAUCUCAUGUUAGCAACACCGCUCGCCAUUAUUUACAGCGCAAUCAUUGCUCUUCUUGACCCCUAUUCCUGUUCCGCAGACAAGUUAUGCGGCGCAGCAACCUCCUCUGAGAAAGGUGUCAUGAUGAAUCAAGCCAUCAAAGGUCUACAAGAUUUCUCGGCUAGCGUUGUUCAGUUUUCCGAGAGUGUCAAUAGUCAUGCACAAACACAAGCCGACCUUGACAAAGUUAGUCCAUUGAUAAUGGAUUCCUUGUGGGCAGCAGGCCAGCAUUACAUGUGGGAAUGGAGGGAAAGUCGUAAUCCACAAUCCCAGGAGGCAUUGGAAAUUAUCAGAAAUUGUUUAAGAAGAUUUCAGACUAGAUGGAGAAAUGCGGCAGAGUAUUUGAGGAUUUUUGAUGGUCAGGAAUUUGGACAGUUUACUUCUGCGCUAGGAAGUGGCAAGCAGAUUAGUGGUAGCUGAUUUUGCUUAUGGUCUUCGCAUGCAUAUAGAUGGAAUUUGAUGUAUUUGAUGGUGUUGUUUAUUAAGGAUAUCUGAGACGACCGAAGUUGGACAAAUUUGGGUAUAAUAGGAGUUGGGGGGACAUUGUUAUAAUACCAGGCGGAUGGCAGAGUACCAAGUUACCUUAGUCACAUGAGCUUCCCUUACUAUUUGAUUGCCUAUCGAUAGUGUGAAGUAGCUUCCUGAGCUUGAUUGAUAUAUGGUCUAGAUCGAUGACAAGUAUCGUUCACUCUCGAGUCAUUCUAUCAGCUUACAAAAUAUCUUAAAAAAAUAAGAAAGUUCA